UUUUUUAAUACACAUUGUCACAAUAUUCCAUUCCCCUCCAAAUUAAAUCAUUGACAUUUUAGUCUGCAUAUAUAUUGUCUUAACUAGCCAUAGGAUCACUAGCUAGCUCCACCCUAUAUUAUUCUCCAUUGGUAAAUCAAAAAUUCUGAUCAACAGAUGCUCAUCAUGAUUUCCUCAAUCAAUCCUCAAUAAUCACUCGAUCUCUACCCAUUUUAUAUAUAUAAAUCGUCUAAAUUCUUCAUCCUUUCCCCUCUCUUCCCUUGGAAAAAUGCCAUGGAAAUGUUUUAUUAGUUGCUUUCAACCACCUCCUGCAGAGACGAGCUAUUUUUCUUGUAAUUGCUUUCAAGCACAACCACCUGCAGGGACAAGUGUAAAUAAUUGUAAGGAUUAUCCAUGGGAUAUAUACACCCUCAAGGAGCUUCAAAAUGCAACAAACAACUUCCACGAUGAUAACAAGAUUGGAGAAGGCGGCUUCGGAAGCAUCUAUUGGGGUCGAACAAAUAGAGGCGAUGAGAUUGCAGUGAAACGACUGAAAGCCAUGACUGCAAAGGCAGAAAUGGAGUUUGCAGUGGAAGUGGAAAUGCUUGGGAGGGUGAGGCACAAGAAUCUGUUGGGUUUAAGAGGAUUUUACGCCGGCGGCGAUGAAAGGCUUAUAGUCUAUGAUUUUAUGCAUAACCAUAGCUUGCUCACCCAUUUACAUGGCCAAUUAGCUUUCCAUUGUUCCUUAGAUUGGCCGCGAAGAGUGAGUAUCGCCAUCGGAUCAGCUGAGGGCAUAGCGUACUUGCACCAUGAGGCGGAUCCCCACAUAAUCCAUAGGGACAUAAAAGCAAGCAAUAUACUUUUGGAUUCAGAAUUCCAAGCAAAAGUUGCUGAUUUUGGUUUCGCAAAGCUAAUCCCAGAAGGAGUGACUCAUCUGACCACAAGGGUAAAGGGUACUUUAGGGUACUUAGCGCCCGAGUACGCCAUGUGGGGAAGAGUCUCAGAAAACUGCGAUGUUUAUAGCUUCGGAGUAUUACUCCUCGAAAUAGUUAGUGGCAAAAAGCCUAUCGAGAAGCUUCCUAGUGGGGAUAAGCGCGAUAUUGUGCGAUGGGCGACGCCUUACGUCGAAAAGCAUGCUUUCGAACAUAUAGUGGAUCCAAGGUUAAACGGGAAGUAUGAUCGGGCGCAGUUGAAAUCGAUAGUCGAGAUUGCCAUGAACUGCACGGAUAGUCACUCGGAGAGCAGGCCGAAUAUGUUGCAGGUUGUGGAAUGGCUGCAGGAUUGCCCCGGGUGGAGGAAGAAAGACGUGCCACCGGUGGUUGAAGAUGAAACGGAGGGCGAUGAUGAGAUGGAAAUUUCUGCUGGAAGUCAUGUUGUCUCAAAUAGAGCCAAGGAGAACGGUAGAUAGGAACCGGGGAAUGGUGUUGUGCGCCUCCCCCGGGUCCCAUAGAGACAAAUGGUGAUUGCAUAAGCUUGUUUACUUGUUGAAAUAUUGUUUAAUUUCGAACUCAAUCUCUACAAUACAAUCGGAGGUGAGAAUUUCUAUUGAAACUUUUUGCUGGUAAGGAAUUUAGUUUUUUUGGGCAAGGAUUGUAACUUUUUUGUUGGUAAGGAAUUUUUUUUUUUUUU